CUACCCAUGGGGACGUCUCUUCUCAUUGAAGAGUCUGGAACAACAGAUUUUGGUGGGAUUUUGCUUCGCUACUUUGCUGCCGAGGGACUGGUCCAAGGUCAUCAUGUGCAUGUCUUGGGGUUUGGAGAUCACUGGCGGCGUGAGCUUCCGGGGCUGGCAAGUGAGAGCCGAUCCAAGGACGCCAACAGUUCCAAGUCUUCAGAUAGCAAGAUGAAGAUUGCUUGGAGAUACGAGGCGUUGAGCAGUAGAGCUACACCUUCACGUGCAGACUCAGCGGAAGGCAUAGCGCCAUUCUGUCACACAUUUGAUCUCUCGGCUCGCCUGGAGGACAGCGUUGCGCAAGGGCAGUUCUACACCACUCGCGGCGGCGGCAUGGAUCCAACCCAGUCGCCAUUCCGGCGAUUCAUCACCGACAUCACCUCCCGGCUGAAAAGCUCGCCUCCAACUUCUAUCCACAGAAUCGUCAUCCCAAGCUUACUCUCUCCAACUAUAUACCCCCCAUCAGCCUGCCGGCCACAGGAGAUACUGCAGUUCCUGCACCACAUCCGUGCCUUGCUGCGGCAGUUUCCUUCGCGGAUUGUUGUCAUGAUGACACUUCCCAUCUCGCUAUACCCCCGUUCGACGGGCCUUGUUCGACGAGCAGAGCUUCUCUGCGAUGGUGUCGUGGAGAUGAUUCCGCUUCAGCAACAGACACACCACCCCGUUGAUCGUAACUCGUCAAAUGAGAAUAAGGCACAGGGUCUCUUUAGAAUCCACUCGCUGCCUGUUUUCCAUGAGAAGGGGGGAGGUCUGGAAGGAAGCUGGGUGAAGGAGGACAUGUCCUUCAAGCUCAGCGCUUCAAGCGGGCUUAUUAUUACACCGUAUAGCUUGCCGCCACUGUUAGAUGACGAGGGCCCUUCGAAUACGCCCUCGAAUGAGAACAAACCAAAGCUUGAUUUUUAGCUUUGGAUAUUUUUUUUCUCAAUUUUACCUUUUUUCGCCCAAC